AUGGACAAACGUCCACGAAUGCUAAAGUCAAAGCCCUCUUCCGAACCCACCAACAACAACUUUGUUGAUUCAUAUUAUCCUAAUCGCCCAUCUGCUUUCGAAUCGUUUUCUCUUUACAAUAUUGCAAUCAAUUUUCGUAUAAGAGGACCAAACUCAAAGAGCUUCUUGAACGACGAACCAUCCGACAAUACGGACAUCGCUCUACCACCUCAUGAGUCUCAGCAAGACGUCUUAUCACCUCUAUUCCGACACCAAGUUAAAUCAUUCAAAGUGGACAGAUUCAAUGUAAAACUUGAUUUGGUCAAACAGCACGCCGCUCGUUUCUAUAUCCCUGAGCACAAUGAUUCGGAUCCACGCUCAUCUGAAGGCUUCUACAGACGAAUGUGCCUCCUUUUCGUUCCUUGGCGUAGUGAAUCCGAAAUUUUGAGCACCUACGGACUCGAUACCUACUUUGAAACUUUCCCAACUAUUUGA